UUUUCUCUAUAAAUGAACAGGAUGCCGAUUGGAUCUGAAUCCCGAAACUAGCUACGCAUUUGAAAUGAUACUUCAGGCGAUCAUCUUGAUCCUCUCAGCGAGGAUAUGCCACGGCAAUCCGGACGCGAAGAGGCUGUACGACGAUUUGCUGUCGAAUUACAAUCGGCUGAUUCGCCCCGUUUCGAAUAACAACGACACCGUAGUCGUUAAACUAGGACUUCGCCUGUCCCAACUGAUCGAUCUCAAUUUGAAGGAUCAAAUUCUCACGACAAACGUAUGGCUCGAGCACGAAUGGCAGGAUCACAAGUUUCAGUGGGAUCCGGCAGAGUACGGAGGUGUCACCGAACUCUACGUACCCAGCGAGCACAUAUGGCUUCCCGACAUUGUGCUCUACAACAACGCGGAUGGGGAGUACGGGGUUACCACGAUGACCAAAGCUAUCCUACAUUACACGGGCAAGGUACUGUGGACACCUCCGGCGAUUUUCAAAUCCUCGUGCGAGAUAGACGUCCGAUAUUUCCCAUUCGAUCAGCAAACUUGCUUCAUGAAGUUCGGCUCGUGGACUUACGACGGUAUUCAGAUCGACUUGAAACACAUUAAUCAAAACAUGGGGGACAAAGUGGAGAUCGGGAUCGAUCUUCGCGAGUACUAUCCCAGCGUGGAGUGGGACAUACUGGGAGUUCCAGCCGAGCGGCACAAGAAAUACUAUCCCUGCUGCGACGAGCCCUACCCAGAUAUCUUCUUCAACAUCACCCUCCGUCGAAAAACGUUGUUCUACACGGUGAACUUGAUCGUGCCAUGCGUGAGCAUCUCGUAUUUGUCGGUGCUCGCGUUCUACUUGCCCGCGGACUCGGGCGAAAAGAUCGCCCUCUGCAUCAACAUCCUACUAUCCCAAACCAUGUUCUUCCUCUUAAUAUCGGAGAUUAUACCAUCGACCUCGUUGGCGUUGCCUUUGCUCGGCAAAUACUUGCUGUUCACCAUGAUCCUCGUCGGUCUCUCGGUAGUUAUAACGAUCGUUAUAUUGAACGUUCAUUAUCGUAAGCCGAGCACCCAUAAAAUGGCGCCCUGGGUGAGGAAGAUUUUCAUAAGGAGAUUACCGAAACUUCUUUUGAUGAGGGUGCCCGACGAUCUGUUGAACGAUCUUGCCGCGCACAAGAUGCACGGUAGAGGGAGAUCCGGGAAGAAAAGCAAAUUCAACGCUGCUGUCGCGGCUGCCGUGCAAUCAUCUUCGAUAGUCUCGUCCCCGGAUUCAGCUCGGCAUCAACGGAUCGGCGGAUGCAACGGAUUGCACACGACAACCGCGCAUAACAGAUUCUUGGGAGGCAUCGGUGGAUACAACGGGCUUCCCACGGUGAUGUCAGGCUUGGACGAGUCCCUGAGCGACGUAACGCCCAGGAAAAAAUAUCCUUUCGAGCUCGAGAAAGCUUUGCACAACGUGAUGUUCAUUCAGCACCACAUACAACGGCAAGACGAGUUCAACGCGGAAGAUCAGGAUUGGGGUUUCGUAGCGAUGGUUCUCGACAGACUUUUCCUAUGGAUCUUCACGAUAGCUUCGAUCGUCGGCACGUUCAUCAUUCUCUGCGAGGCACCGGCCCUUCGCGACAACACCAAACCGAUCGACAUGGAAUACUCCUCCGUGGCCCAGCAACAAUUCCUUCCUCACGAUGAUUUUUUGGAAACUCUCGUGUAGAAAUUUCCUCGAGAGUAGACGUGCAAGAAAGCCAGGGUGCUGACGUAUCUCUUAUUAAAAAAACUUCAUCAUAGUACAAUGUCGCGUCAAUCAAAGAUACUUCUUCACUUUCUUGUUUCUCACUCGUCGCGGGGAAAUUGGGCAUUUGUCCAAAAUCCGCGAAUCAACACCUCUUGGCUUUACAUACUUUACAUACUUUUUAUUAGACAAGAUAUAAGAUUUUCAAUAAUCUCGAAAUGUCUAAAAGUACUCGACGGUAUAUAGUACUCACGCGCACAUGACGAUUAAGUGCUCUUGAAUUAACAAUAAACGUGUUAACCGUUCAGCUAAACAAAAUAAAAAAAAACAAAAAAAAAAGAAAAG